UUCGGAAGUCUUCGGCCAUUUCCGGACUCGGCCGCCGACGCUCCGGAGGGCAGAGCGAGCUGCAGCGGCUCUCAGAGCGCCAGUCACCGCGAGCAGGCGUCGGGCACACCUGGUCGGGAGCUCCGGUGUGCGAGUCGGAGGAGGACAACGACCUGACACAGCUCCCGGGGCUCUCAGUCGGGGAAUGCGGCGUGUUUAGCAGAGCAGAAAGUUGAACGUGACGAGGACGAGCCACGGCAAAAUAGCAUGGCAACCGGCGGCUUCAAGUCGAGCGCCACCACCGACUUCCUGGAGGAGUGGAAGGCCAAACGGGAGAAGAUGAGAGCCAAAAUGCUCGGGGACAUCGCCGCCGCCACCGGGGCCGGCAGCGGCUGCUCGGGGAACUGCCGCCCGCCCGACGAACCGCCGCAGCCGGGGGGCCAUCUGAAGGCCGACUCGCCGGAGUGUUGCACCCCGGACGACGGCGGCGAUAGCGAGAGCCCGUCGCCCGGUAAGAGCAAGGAGAAGAAGAGCAGCGGGCCCAGCGCCAGGAAGGGUAAAGGUCAGAUUGAGAAGAGGAAGUUGAGGGAGAAGAGGAGGUCAACAGGUGUUGUCAGCAUGCCGUCCAAUGAGAGCUUGGAUGAACUUGAUGACGAUGACGGCGUGGAAAAGGACGGGCGAGAGGAGGAGGAGGAGCAGCUGGUCCUGGCCAACACUUUCCAGAACGAGUCCAUGACGGCAGACCUGGCCGCGGGACUUGUUACGGAGAACCUGGGAAGAUCUGUGAAUAGCCGCCCCAAGAGCUGCAGCAGUAUGGAUGAGGAGAGUCGGCAUCGCCACAACCGCCACGUUAGAGACGCCGCGCCGGGAAGUCUGGAGACAAGGCUGGAGGAGCUGGAGCAGGAGCUGUCCCGGGAGCGCCAGGAGAACGGCAGACUGCUGAAGGCCCACCGGGACAAAGACGACCUCAUCGACAAGCUCAAGGAGGAGAUGGACCUGCUCUACCGGGACCUGGACGACAUCGAAGACGAGAACGAGCAGCUGAAGCAGGAGAACAAAACUCUGCUGAAGGUCGUAGGUCAGCUGACCAGGUAGAACCAGCUUCGUCUUCAGAUGCGUAUUUAAUGUAAAUGUUUUUGUAUAUAAGACCAUUUAGAUGGACACGAAUGUAUGUGCUUUUAAAAACAAAAGCAAGAUUAGCAUGUGUAGCUGCUUUUUAAUGAAGAGUCCACAGUGCCUUGGUGCGUUAAUCAUAUCACUUUUUACGCUUUGCACAUGUCAAUGUUGGGAUAUUACGCUGGGCAAUGAGCAACUAUUUCCGUUUAUUUUAAUUAAGGAACCUCUUGGAUUGUGUCAUUGGUUUACAAGCCUCUUUGUGUCCAAAAUGAACCGUGGGGCUUUGAACGCCUCGUGAAAGGGAACAAGUUCCGCGCUUCGUCUUUGUCUUCAUAACUCUUUUUUUUUUUUUGGGGGUUGCUUUUAAAACGCGCGUAAAAAGGGUGUUUAGUGUUGCAUUAUGCAUAUACGUGUACAGAAGAUGCAGUCGUUUAAUAAAACUUUGAUUAUCUCCCUUCA